AUGUCUACUCGACGAAUAUCUGCAUUUUUGGUUUGCCUGUUGUUGGUUACUCUGAUGGAAGAGGCAAAACCUGUGCUUGGAGCGAAAGGAGAAGGAAAGUAUAAGAAGCUAUCGAACAGGGUGAAGGAACUGGAGGAGAGCAUGGAGGAACUAGGAGAAUGCAAAGAGGCUUGCUCAAUGAUCUCUGAACUGAAAGAGCGGCUCAUUGCUGUAGAGGGAAAGAUUGAAGAGCUGAACACAGAACUGACUACAAAAUCCCAUCCACUGGUUUCAGUGUUUCUUAAUAAGCGUUUCAUUAUGAUCAGAGGGGUAGUUCUGUUUGUAAGCAUCAUCUUCGCUCUUAGGAUGGGUAGAAGUGUUGCCGGAAAGCAUUCUGGGAAACACAAUCUGGGACAGAAAACGCCCAUUCAUCACAGCAGAGCGCGGCAAAGCGUAAUAAAAAAGCAAACAACUCCAAACUUUCUGACAGGAUCAGAUAACGUACCUGCUGGAAUGACCAACGUGAAACAACCCGGAGGUUCCUUAACUGCUGCUGUUGGAGAUGGAAAAACUGACGACACAUCGGCCAUUCAGGCCAUCGUUAAACACGUUGCAGGUUCCACAAACAACAAGGUUUUCUUCCCUCGCGGUGAGUACCUGGUCAGCAGUGAUAUUGCUAUAAGUGGCUCAGUGGAAUUGCAUGGAACCCAGAGUGGUAUUGCAGUUAUCAAGGCGUCGAUUCCGUAUGCCAUAGAAAUACAGAAUGCUUCACCAGUAAAGCGUGUUUCACUGAAGUAUCUGUAUCUCGACGGAAUUCUUGUAGUAUUUGAUGGUCAAACUAAAGGGCCAUCAUCUACAGGUGACAUUAUUAUAGAGGGCUGUGUAUUCUUUUCAUCGACAAGUCCAACUGCAAGAAACGGACAGAAACGACAACUGAUGAUGAUAGAGCUUGGAAACAGUCGUGUUUACAAAAACGUUUUUUUACGUGAUUCAGGUGCAUAUGGAGUUGCUUCCGCAUUUAGAAGUACUUUGAGCGUUUGGGUAAUUGACAACGUAUGUGGACUUGAGCUAAGUAAAUUAGAGUGGUUGUCUUCCAAAGUUGAGCCAGUAUCCCAUUGGCGAGAUCAAAAACAGAAAUUAGAGUUCUUGAAGACUCAUUACAAUCUUAAAUCUGACCAAGGCUACUUUAAAAGUUGUCUUUAUGACCAGUGCGACAAAAAAAUGAAAAUAGCGGAAAAUAUAUUCAACGGAAGUCCCAAUACCGGAAGACACAGAGACCACGCUAUGUACCUGAAAGGGUUUGAUAACAUGGAAGUGAAAAGCAAUUACGUCAGAGGUUGGCCUGCGAGUCCAUCAGGUGGUAUCAAGGUUCGAAAUGGAAAAAAUAUUUGGCUUGCUCGUAAUUAUGUCGACGACACAGGCAUUUUGUUGUAUUCACACAGAAAACGCAAGGCCUGUCUUCAUGAUGGUCUCAAGAACGUGAUCGUCUACGGAAAUCACCUGGUACAGCGAACAAGACCAGGCAGAAGAGAAAGCAGUUUAAGCUAUUAUGAACCCCACUCGGUUGGAAAGGAUGAGAAUAUCAAGUACUCUGCUAACGUAUUUGAGAUCGUUGGGUUCAGUAACCCGACUAAGUACAGAUGCAUUUGGCUGACCAAUGGUAAUCCGUCUCAACAUCAUGUGUACAAAGACAACGUGUAUCAUGGGACUUCGACGCCAGUGAAGCUGCAAGCGGACGGAGGUACUCCAUCAUACGAGACAAAGGACAUUGAACAAAAAAUCAAAGAUCUAUACAAAUAUCCAGUAUAUAAACUAGACAUUCCACCUUAUUAA